AUGUUUGGUGCGGAACCUAGGGUUGGCCUCUCUACUGCUUCAUUGCCUUCGGAACUGCUAAAGGAAAUUGAAGACGAGGACGACCUUCGAAAACUGUUUGAUGGGAAAAACAUAGAUGGACAUGGAAAUGAAAUCAGUAAUAGAGACGAAGAUAAUAUAGACGAAGAUAGGAAUGGAGACGAAGAUACGAGUGGAGACGAUGACAUGGAUGAAACCUCACAUAAUAUUUUAGAAGCACGUUCAAAGGCUGCGCAGAGCCUUGGAAAACAAGCCAAAAAGAUGAAAGCAACCUCUCACAAAUCGCAUCCACCAGCGAAAGUUGGAGAUAACAUCAUCAUACCUACUCCUGAUGUAGACAGGGCUAAAGGAGAUCUUCGGAACGUUAUUGGAGUUGUGCUUGAAGUAUCUGAUGAUGGAUUUUAUAAGAUUGUGACCAAGCAUGGUAUCUUACGAAAAUUAUAUUGCGGAAAUGAAUUUGAUAUCUGCGCACAAAAGUUUUUAUUGGAAGAAGAAGUAAACAAAAACAUUGAACUUUCAUUAAGAACCGCAGCGAUCAAACAUUCAGUUGGAACAGGCCUAGGUUUCUUUAAGUGUAGUUGCACCAAGAAGUGUACGUCGACUCGAUGCCUUUGCAAGAAAAAUAACGUUCUCUGCAACUCGAAAUGCCAUAAUAGUUUGACACGUAAUAACAACAGUUACAACCUAGGAUCCUCUAACUACAGAAUAGGAUCUUCUAAGUAUAGCCUAGCACCCUAUAACGAUGUUCAAAUCGAGCCUCAAACAUUAGAAAUAAUCUUACCUCAAACUGAGGGAUGCUCUAGGCCAAAGGUUAAUAAUCCUGAAGAAAAUCUCAAAACUUACCGAAACAAAAUCCAAAAUGACCAAGGGACAACUCUAGACAAUUAUCAACAAGAAAUUAGUCUAAAACUUGAGUUCCCUGGCACAAAAUUCCAAAAAGUCUCGCCCAAAAAUAAUUAG